GUUUUAAUUUAAUCUUCAAACUCGUGUAGAAAGGCAGUGAGUUUAGGAGAAACCUUUGUCACCCUAUAUUAAUGUAUAUGAACAUUUUGAGUAUUAUGCAAUAUAUGAUUUGUUAGAAUGAGUUUGUAAAAUAGAAGAAUAAAUGUGUAAAAGAUUGUGGUGCCACAAGGCUACGUUUGUUGUGACCGACCAUUUACGUCACUUCCGGUCGUUUUCCUGUUGAUCUUUUUUUCCGACCCGCACCACGUAGGAUGAAAUAUUUCGGCAACGGUCUCUGUUGUGAAAGUUACAGUGUGUUGCUCACAAACAGACAGACAAGCUCAUCCAAAAACACUUUAACAUUGGCAAAGUGAACAGGCGCAUGUCUCGGAUCAGGACCACGCUCGACAGUGUCACCAAGGCAGUUGGCAGCACAGACCUUAUCGCCAAGUUCUCCCGCCUCAAACCUGGUGGUACCGUUGUUGGCAAUACCCAUGCAGAAAAAGUUCUGGUGAAAUCAGAGACCUCCGACAUCACAGCUACUCCCUCUUCACCUGAAACAGCCAUGAAAGAGGAGGAGGAAGGUGAGAAGGGCACAGCAGAGAAAGAGUCAGAGAAGCAAGGCAACCAAGUGGGAGAAAAACCUUUUGUUGUCACCAAGAAGUCCACGCCCAGUUUAGCUUCAGCUGCAAAUGUCUCUGCCUUGGGCUCAUCGUCCUCUGUGGCAAAGCAAACCAAGCAGCUUUUCCACCCGACAGCUCUUUCGACCAACAUGGAUGAGACCUACACAUCUCUGGCUCAGCACAUCAACGACUACUUUGGCACAAACACGCAUGGCGAAGACGCGCCUGUUUCUCACUGUGCCACUCCGAGAACAGGGGAGCACAUGCUUAUUUUAUCUCCAGUGGCUAAACGUAGUGAAGCGCCAACUUCCUCUACUGUCCCUCCCUCUCCAUCAGAAACAAACAGUUCAGGUGGGACACCCUCCUCUGACACCCCCGCAACAGAAAAUGCACCUCAGGCAAACCCUGUGCCUACUACCUCUACUAAAAAAGGCUUUACCCACUAUCUGUCCUACCCUCGACCCAGUGUUCAGGCUUUUGUUGGCAGCUACAUUGCACCACUGGUCCCCAAGUUUAGAAGUGACUCUAAAAGCACUGCAGCUGAGAAAGACAAGGUUUCAUCAGUCAGUGUGGAUCAGCCCACUGGGGACAAAGUUGGAGAGAAGAAGACGGACUGUGAAGAGGAGAAAACAGAUGAAGCGAAGCAACAGCUGUUGACUCAAAGGCAGAAGAUAAUCGUCAGGGUGAGUGUAGACAACAAGACCAGAGCUCUGGUAAAAAGGUUGCAUAGGGUCACAGAUGUCAAACUCCUCACUACGCGAGUGGAGGAGCUCAGCUAUCAUCUCCUUGAGUUCCCAGAGACCCGAGGUGUAGCUAUUAAGGAGAGUGUGUUGCCGUGCCUGCUGCGUUUGCGCCAGGUCAGAGACGUUCCUCUCCAGGCUGCGGUGAGAGAGUCAUUGGCCCUGGUGGGCUACAGCGAACCAGUCAAAGGCAGAGGAAUUCGUGUCCUGGCCAUAGAUGGUGGAGGAACAAGGGGACUGUUGGCCCUGCAAACUCUACAAAAAUUGCAGGAACUGACCGGAAAACGAAUCCACCAGCUGUUUGACUACAUCUGUGGAGUCAGCACAGGGGCCAUCUUGGCGUUCAUGUUGGGGAUUUAUCAAAUUCCCCUCAAUGAGUGCGAGGAGAUGUACAGGAAGUUGGGCUCGGAUGUGUUCAAGCAGAAUGUGAUCGUUGGAACCGUGAAGAUGGGCUGGAGCCAUGCUUUCUAUGACAGUGAAAUCUGGGAAAACAUCCUCAAGGAACGAAUGGGUGAAGGAUGUAUGAUUGAGAGUUCCAGGGACCCGCACUGCCCAAAAGUGUCAGCAGUGAGCACGAUUGUGAACAGAGGUCUCCCUCUGAAGGCCUAUGUGUUCAGGAACUACAGACUCAUGCCUGGAGUGAGAUCCCACUACCUUGGAGACUGCAAACACAAAAUGUGGCAGGCCAUCAGAGCCUCGUCCGCCGCUCCAGGCUACUUCCAGGAAUUUGUCAUGGGAAAAGACCUUCAUCAGGACGGAGGACUUCUGAUUAACAACCCCACAGCGUUGGCCAUACACGAGUGCAAGUGUCUGUGGCCAAACACCCCUCUGCAGUGUGUGGUGUCUCUGGGCACCGGACGCUACGAGGCGGCGGGCAAGAACAGCACGACCUACACGAGCCUGAAGGCCAAGCUCACCAAUGUCAUCAGCAGUGCUACAGAUACUGAGGAGGUGCACACCAUGCUCGACGCCCUCCUGCCCCCCGACUCCUACUUCCGCUUCAACCCCUACAUGAGCGAGGACAUCCCGCUGAACGAGAGUCGCCUCGAGAAGCUGAACUUCCUCAAGGACGAGGGCGAGCGCUACCUGCAGCGCAACGAGGCCAAGCUGAGGAAAGCAGCGAGCGUGCUGAGCCAGGAGAAGAGUACGAUCCAGAGACUGGCCGAGUGGGCCCAGCUCAAAUCCGACAUGUACGAGGGUCUCCCCUUUGGCUCUAAGCUGUAGCCGUUGCAACGGACUGACCUCAAAAGAGUUUUAAAAGGUAAGCAGAACACGAGUGUGACGGCUCCCAAUGUUGAAAAGGGAUCAUUUCCAUUUUUUUUUAAAGCAUCUAGGGAGGAAUUCCGACAUGAAAUACCAAACGUUUACAUGGUUCGAUCACGAUCCAGCAAACACGAAGAGGGGAUUCAUAACCAGUCAGUUGUUUUUUAGUUGAAUUACAAAUAAAAUGUAAUUAACCUGCUGUGAUGCUGGUGCAUGAAAGUACUUGUAAAGUACUUGUACUUGACAUUUUUGUAUGGGACUGAGGGUCUUUUGCAUUUUCUGUAAAAUAAUGACAUUCAAUUGUUACUAAUACAUGAUGUGUGCAAUGAGAACAUGCCCGUUUCUAACACUGUGCUGAGGAAAGGCCUCGUGCACUUUAUGAAAUGUAACUCUUAACCUUGAAAAUGUAAAUAAUAUUUAAUGACAUAGUUGAAUCCUUGAAUCUUUUAGUGUUGUUGAUGAUUACAAAUAUGAUUUAAAAAAAAGAAAAAAAGACACUGUUGGCACAUGGGAAAAUGUGGGAAAACUGUGAUGAGUUAUAUUGUCAUUGUGACUAAACCCAUUAGUUAAUGUCCACCUAAGACUGAAUUUCUCAGCGAGGCUUUUUAAAUUUAACACACAUUUAAACACGUCACUCCUCCCCCAUUUGUGUGGAAUGCAAAAUCUAAAAAAAAGUGUCAUGGAAUAAUAAAACUUUGUUUUUAAAAUC